UAAUUAUGCCUAUAUGAGUCAGUAGGUUUCUAAUACCCUCUCGACCAUACUGGAGAGACCAACCAGAAAGUCGCAAGUUGUUAUAUCCUUUCGGCUUCAAAACACUCUCACAGAAUCCUGGAUUGACCAAUAGGCCAAUCAGCUUCCUAACUCUGAUCCUCGCAAACUCAAUCUGCCAUUAUUAUAUUGUUAUAUAGGAAAAGAAGAAGAAGAAAUGCCAGAGCAAAAAUUCUUCUACUCUGUGGCUUACCUUCUUGCAGCCCCAAUUUCUGCUCUGAUUACCGGUAUCGCCUUGGAUCAUGCCUACUACUCAAGACAUGUCUCUCUAACGUUUCGCUGGGGAGUAAACGCCGUGACGUUUUUAGCCUUAGCAUUCAUCGUGAUCAUACUUCGAGAAAAUUACGCUAGCAUCAUGCCUCAGGGAAAUGAGGUGUUGAGAAGCUUGGAACGGCCUUCAGCUGCUCAGGUCUCAACUCCAGCAAUCAUCGGCUGCGUGCAAUUCCUGGUUCAAGUAUAUUACAUGAAGCUAUUUGUCAAACAAUUCGGGAAGAAGGCUUGGACGGUCGUCUUUCUACUCAUCUGUGUAAUAAACUUCUUCACUUCAUGGGGUUGUACGAUAACCAUCUUAAUCAAGCUGAGUAAACCAUCUGAAGACAUCGAUCUAUCCCAAACCGGGUUACCCAGCUUCCAACCGGAAAGCAAAAUUUUGGCAGCUUGGCUCGGAACUUCUUUGCUAGCCGAGUUGGUCAUUGUGGGCGGGAAUCUUUACUCAAGACGUAGUGCACGCCUUUUAGAUCAAGAGAAACCAAUCCGCUUUCUCAAUUAUGAUCACAUCUUGACCAAAAUAGGUGUCGUGGCGCUUCAAACCUCGGGCUUGAGUUCUUUGAUCAUCCUCACCGCUUUCUUGAUCUUUCUCGUCGAUUUCCUCAUUCCGGACGCGCCUAGUCCGGGAAUGACUGGAUGCUUCGUGUUACUCAACCUCAUGAGGAUCCCGGUGGGGUAUGCAAGCCUUGUUUUUUCACUCGUGAGAGAAAGAAGUUUGUCCAUCAACGCACUCCGAAACUCGUUGAUUGCAACUCCCAAUGGCACCCUGAAGGACUUCUCACUAGAGGAAUACAAGCAGAGCCAUCCAACCAACCAAGUCACUGUACAUACUGUCACAAGUCAAGUGUUCGAAAAUUGAGCAGUUAUAUUGUACAUAGGUCAAAUCUGAACUAGUCCCCGACUCGAAAGAACUCCAUUUUCACCAGAAACGGGGAGUCCAAUCCGAUUCAAAUCGAAGACAUCAUGAAGUUAAAUUUAGUGCUGAAGAUUUUCUUAUGACCAUGUUUCAAAUCUUCAAGCCUCAAUCACGAAAAAUUGUAGAUACCACGUUCAUAAUGUGAAGAACCCGAUAUUCCUUCUGAUUUCAUGAUUCAUUUCAAAAAAGUAAAAAUAAUAAAAUUGUAA